CAUGCCCCGAUAUGCCCAUUUGAGUUGAUUUCCUCCUUUCAAUGUUCUAUAAAGACUAAACAACAUUUCCGUUGCCAAUCCAGACAUAGAGAAGGAGAGAUUCAAGUAUUACUUCAGCGUUUGUGCAUCACCUUUUCAUUUCCAUGUUUUAUUCUAUAAUGUCAUGAAAUAUCCGUCAUUAUUUAUGGUUUCUUGUUGUCAGACUACUCCGUGGUUCCGAGAUUGGGACUGCAAUGCUGUCUGUAUGUUGUAAGUUUGGCUGGCCUCCAUUCGCCUAAUUGUGCCUUCAUUUUUGUCAACGUGUAAUCCCUCCCAUUCAUUAAUUACAACCACCACUGCUUUUCAACGGGGAGAAUGGGAUUGGUCGCAAAUAAACAUAAGGCACAAUUACGGUAUAUCCCAAGAUACUAUAUAGGUUGGAUCAAGGGGAUCAAGUUUGCCCAAGGCUUUGGCACCCCAAACCCAACUUCUGUUGUUUUAAUUUUAAUACUAUCCUUCAGCGAGCCACCCGCAAUUGUCUGAACUGCCCACGGACCGAAAUCUUAUUGCUAGCCAGUCAUAUUCCCAAUUAGGACAGGGAAAAUGAGCAGAAGACGAAAGUCGGAAGACAUUGACGGACAUGGAAAACACAGGGCAGCCAAGCGGCAGAUGGGCACAUACUCCACAAAUUUGAAUACUCUGGAGGACGACAGUUAUGAAGAUGUUGAGAUUGAGCGCGACACAGAAGGGCUCUUUGUGAAGCAACCCCAUGCACAACGGGAUCGCGAAACCAAGAAAGAUAAAUCCUUGAAGCUUAACCAAGUCAAAUUUGCGUCCCAAUACGGUGAAGGAGGCAGGACAGAUAACCAACGGUUCACUGAGGCUUCGAAGACAAGCAAGAAGGGUAAAGGGAUGAAGAAAGGUGCCAGGUAUUUGGACGACAUCAAGCACAUAGUGGAUGGCCAAGCUGAAAUUACGGGAAAUCUUGGGGCAAUGGCUCACCAAUCUUUGAGCUUGGAGGCCCAAUUUUCCGAUUUUUUCGUUGAAUCACACCAGAUGGUUCUGAGUGACAUCCUCUGUAUAGGGGCAACUCGCCAUGGUCGUCUGAUCUCUCUGAAGGAUGCAUGCACGUCAAUCACGGAAAAUGGCCAUCAGCUUCUUGCUGCGGUCGAUCAUUUGGGCCUGGAGCUUGGCUCACACAUGUUGUCAACUCAGGCUAAGGAACAGGAGUGUGAACAGAAUGUUUUGAGUCUGGAAGGCAUACUGGAAGGUGGAAAGCGUGAAGGAGAAGCCAGGGCCGCCACUCUGUUGACCGGUCUCCGGAUGCAAGACGUCCAAAGCGGCGACGAUGAGGCUUCCGGUGCACUAUUUGACGAUGCAACGGAUGAUGAGGGAAGGGUGACAUGGGCACAUGUUGCGGCGAAACAAGGAAAGGCAGUCGGGAAACUUGCUUCAGCAUUUCUUCGUGAUUAAUCGAUGCCAUGUGGUAUCAGGAGGGGAUUAGCUUUACAAACACGGAGGAGCCACUGCCAUUAUAACGACCGAACUGAGUGGGGUAUUGCAGAUUUUGUAGCUUUUACGAUAUACAAUAGCUAAAGAGCUUCCCCAUAUAUUCUCUCUUCGUGAUCAGUGAAGGGGCACGAGGAGUCAAUUGCCCAGUUAAAAGCCAACAUUGGGGAAUCCAAACAAUAAAAUAACUCCAUCUGCUGCCGGUCGCCGUGGCACAGUUACCACAGGGUUAUUAUAAAUAAAUAAAUAAUGCAAGUAUAACAAGACGAG